AUGGGAAACACCCAAAGCACAACCUCCCCUCCCCGCGACCAGCACCACCACGGGCUCGGACUCGCGGGGUGGGACGCCCGAGCGCCCUACCGAACAAACGGACGACACCCACCACCCCCAGCUCCUUCACGACGACCCUCCCUCCCGCCGCCCUCAACUUCCUCACCCUCUUUCUUCUCUUUCCAGCAGGGCUCGGAACGCGCCCAAAAUGUCCGUCACCCCUCUGAAGCGUCGCCGUUGCUUGGCCGGUUCCGUGCUGUGCCGCGGUCGUCGGGGAGUACAAGUCGGGGAUUGGGACAGGGAGGUGGUGGGAGGUCAGGGUUAGGGUUUGGUGCUAGAGGGAGUGGGAGUGGGAUGGGAGGAGGCGGGCAGAUGGGGCUGUUAUCGGGGGAUCCGGGAUGGAGGGGGAGUGUAUAUGUUGGGUAUGGGGCGUUGGUUGUUGCGGCUGUGGAAGAGGAGGAAGAGGAGGCUAGAGAGAGGGCUGGGUAUGGAGACCAUGAGGGGGGAGAUGAGGUGGGAUGUUGCGGGACGGGGGUUGCGAGGAGGUUUGCUAGGCGGCUUGCGGAUGUGUGGGUUGACCCGAAGGCGAGCGUGGUCAGGAGAGUGGUGGAUGUGUGGUGGAGUAGGUGGUUUACCUUGGUGGUAUUGCCGGCGUUAUUGGCUGUUUCAUGGGUCUCGAUACCCUUUCCGCAGUACCCCCUUGCGAGCAACGACGGUGAAUUACAUCCACCCGGAGUACCGAGAGCCGCUCCUGGCAGUAAGGUGCCUGGUCACGGUGCUGCCCGGGUCCGGGUCAACUUUUGGUUUUUUGUCUUCGUCUACUACAGCUUCUACAACUUGACCGCCUUGAUAUGGAUCACCAAAGUGUUCAACCUGUACAGCCUCAACUGGUGGCCACAGUCGCUCGGGUUUCCCAUCACCGUAUCCGCUAUUGCCGUCCUCUCGAUUGCGGCCCCGAUACCCAUCUACCUCAUUCCCGAGUCCAAGUUCCUCACUAUCCACAACACGGCUUGGAUCUCUUGGACCUUUGUCAUCAUGGCGAUGCCAGUCGCUAUCGCCUUCCUCAUCCUCACGACUAACGAGCGCCAUUUGAAACUGCGGCAUACUCUCUCCGAAACGCAGCGGCUUUUUACCUCGUCCUGGUGGGCCGGUGAACCAGAUCCCACCCCCCGAAGCGUGGGGAGACGGAAUCGACCCGCCCUAGAUCCUCACGCCUUUGAGGCAAGCCUGGAUGCGUCGACGGUUGGGUUUACAGACAGCCACUACCAGCCGCCACCCAUUACUGUCAGACUGCGUCGCAGGUGGCUCCCGGCAAGCUUUGUUCGCUUCGUGUGGUUUUGUUUAGCGCUGUUCAUCGGGUUGGUGGCGUACGUUAUAGGAGAAGCAUAUGCUGAGAUCUACCUGCGAACUCUGCCGCAUAACAACUUGGAGACGAUCGUCUACGUGUACGGGUGGAUCUCGACCGUCUACCUGCUAGACGGAGUGACAGGGUGGAUUCUCGGAGGGAACGAGGGCGAGCGCGUCGGGAGUUACCCGCUGAGUUGGAUCUUCAAGCUGUACUUCAUGCUCACCUACCAAACCUACGUCCGCGCGCUAUACGCACGUCUACGCAGCCCCGAACAGUUCAUUGCGCUCCAGAUCCUCUCCUCCACCGGUCUCAUCAUCGUCACUCCGAUCCUCAUGUCCGCUCCAUUCCACUGGUUCCUCACCGUCAUCGGCGUCAACGGCCAAAGCUACGGCUCGUACCAAAAAAUCUGCAUCCGCAACGUCUUCAUCCGCUUCAUCGCCGAGAACGCCUCCAUGCUCACCUUCCUCGGCAGCGUGGUGGUACUGCACUUUGGCGCCAACAAGGACGUCUACCCGUAUUUCGCAUUCGACGGUACGGAGGAGAAUGAGGACUACGACUUUGGCCUGACCUUCUACGCCUCGAGCAUCACCUGGGCCUGCGAGCUCGUCACCAGCUUCAUCGUUGCCGGCUUGAUUCGCUGGUUCUACCGUGUCAGCGUUGUCACCGAGGGAAAGCUUGAUUUUAUCGUUUGGCCUGAGUUGCUGCCGACGUGUGUCGCUGUGAUGCUGCACGUGCUGCAGAACAUGCUCUUCUCAAUUAUUCGUCUCCAAUUCCGAUGA